AUGUUCAGGUCGUGGAAGCAGGAUCCAGAGUCAGUUCAUGUUUCUUGGAGGACAUACUUCCGCAACAUGGAGGACCGGUCAAGGCCCGCAUCAGAGGCCUUCCAGCCACCACCAGGACUUGUAUCGUCUCGUCAACCGUUGGCCGCACCGGGGCUCGACUCCGGCCAGACAGCCGAGGUGCUAUUACAUCUCAAAGUUCAGCAUUUGGUGCGCGCGUAUCAGUCCCGGGGACACUAUCAUGCCAAGACGGAUCCUUUGGGUGAACGAGUGAAUGCCUUCCACGUGGGUCCCAAUCAAUCUGGUCUCGCACGCGCCGUCGAGCUUGAGCCAUCCUACUAUGGAUUUACUGAGAAGGACAUGGACCGCCAUUUCAACCUCGGCCCCGGCAUACUUCCUCGCUACGCAACGGAGGGCAGAAAGUCAAUGAAGCUACGUGACAUUAUAGCGGCCUGCGAGCAGAGGUACUGCGGCAGCUAUGGAGUUGAGUAUCUGCACAUCCCAGACCGCGCCAAGUGUGACUGGCUAAGGGAUCGUCUUGAGAUACCCAACCCGUCCAAGUUCUCACUAGAGGAGAAACGCAGAAUUCUUGAUGGCCUCAUCUGGGGAACGUCAUUUGAACGAUUCCUGGCCGCCAAGUUCCCCAACGAGAAGCGAUUUGGCUUAGAUGGCUCCGAAGGACUCGUCCCCGGUGUCAUGUCCAUUAUUGACCACAGCGCCGACAUCCAUGGUGUGCAAGAUAUCACGAUCGGCAGCUGUCAUCGCGGGCGCCUGACCAUGCUUGGAACCGUGUAUGGAAAGGCACCAGAAGCCAUAUUUGCUGAAUUCGCUGGGCGGGUUCGCUCGGAUAUGCUGCGAAACAUGGCUGGCGAUGUCAAGUACCACCUUGGCCACCAGGGCCAGCGCGUCUCUCCAGAUGGGCAUAUUGUGGAUAUUUCUGUCCUUGCGAACCCCUCACAUCUCGAGGCAGUUGAUCCCGUCGCCACAGGCAAGGCCUUUGCAACCCAGCGAUUGAACAACGACCCGGAGAAGAAGAGAAACAUGUGUGUCACUCUUCACGGCGACGCUGCUAUUGCAGGACAGGGUAUUGUCUACGAGACUCUCGGGUUGUCCCGCUUGCCGGCCUACGACGUGGGUGGCACAAUUCGGCUUGUUGUGAACAAUCAGGUUGGGUUCACGACGGAUGUUCAUCAUUCCAGAUCAACCCCUUAUGCAUCAGAUAUCGCCAAGGUCGUCGACGCGCCUAUCUUCCAUGUCAAUGCUGAUGACGUGGAGUCGGUUGUCUUCCUCUGCAAACUAGCGGCAGACUGGCGAGCCACGUUCCAUAGCGACUGCGUUGUGGACAUCAUCUGCUACCGUAAGUUUGGCCAUAACGAAUUCGACCAGCCCAGCUUCACGCAACCUCUGAUGUACCAGAAGGUUGCUGCACAGACACCCUCGUUGGAGAAGUACGUUCAAAAACUGGUGUCCGAAGGCUCGUUUACGAUGGAAGAGAUCAAUUCUCGGCGCGAGAGUGUCUGGAACCGUCUGAACGAGAUGUACGACAGCAGCAGGGACUUCGUCUCGUCUCGGGAAGCAUUCACAGCCCCGUGGCAGAGUCUGGAGUCUCCGGAGAGUCUGAAGAACAAUGUUAUACCACCCGCCACCACAGCCAUUGACCAAGCAACUGUUGAGCAGGUGGCUACCAAGGCUUUAAGCGUCCCCAGUGGCUUUCAGCUACACAGUAACUUGGAAAGGAUCCUUGCGGGCCGCAAGAAGGCCCUGCACGACGGAAAGGUAGACUGGUCUACCGCAGAAGCAUUGGCCUUUGGAACUCUUUGUCUUGAGAACCAUCCCGUGCGUCUUACAGGACAAGACGUCCAACGAGGAACAUUCUCACAGCGUCACGCUGUGCUGCACGACCAGGAGACUGGCGAAUCUUGGACACCCUUGAAUAACCUUUCUCCGGAGCAGGCACCAUUCGAGGUAGAGAACUCGCCGCUGAGUGAGUUUGGUGCCCUGGGCUUCGAGUACGGCGUGACAUUGGCCGAUCCACACUCACUCGUCAUGUGGGAGGCUCAGUUCGGAGAUUUCGCGAACAAUACGCAGGUCAUCAUUGACAACUUUAUUGCCAGCGGAGAGACGAAAUGGCUUGACCGGUCUGGCCUGGUCCUCUCUUUGCCACACGGCUAUGAUGGACAAGGCGCUGAGCACUCGUCUGCCCGCAUCGAACGCUUCUUGAUGCUCUGCUCGGAGGAGGGUAGGGUAUACCCAUCUGAACCUGAACGCGCUCAUCAAGAUGCCAAUAUGGGACUGGUCUACAUGACUACGCCCGCGAAUUACUUUCACGUUCUACGUCGGCAGAUGAGAAGAGAGUACAGAAAGCCUCUGGUCAUCUUUUUUUCGAAAUCGCUUCUUCGCCACCCGUUAACUCGUUCUGAUAUUGCCGACUUCACUGGCUCAUCAACUUUCCAACCAGUUAUCACCGACCCCGAGCACGGCCACUCCAUCGAGGAUCCGGAAUCCAUCCAGCGGGUUAUUCUCUGCUCAGGGCAAGUAUACGCAGCGAUCCAGAAACAUAGAGAAGCAGCAGGGAUCAAGGACGUGGCUAUCACGAGAAUAGAGGAGCUUCAUCCCUUCCCCUGGGCUGAGGUGAAAUCCAACCUUGAUCAGUACAAGAAUGCGAAGACGAUUGUUUGGGCGCAAGAGGAGCACUACAAUGGUGGAGCUUGGCAUUACAUACGCGAUCGACUAGACGCAGUCCUUGAUAAGACAGAUCACCUUGCUGGACGUCGCGUGCUCUUUGCAGGUCGUGGAACGAGCGCCAGUCCGGCUACAGGUCUCAAGCAUCUUCACUAUGCUGAGGAGAAAGCACUUCUUGAUGAUGUGUUUAAUGUUCAAAACUAG